UCCUGGCAACAGUACGGGCGAGUUCUCGAUCAAGGUUCCAAAUAGAAUGCUGUACAGAAAAGGAGUGCAUGUUUAGCAUUGAUAACCAUGGGCUUGCCUUGUACAAGAAGAAACAAUGACCCUUUAAGAAAUGAUCACGUUUCAUGUCUUCUGUGAAUUUGUAUAUACUACAUCAAGACUGCCGACAAUUUUCAGAACGUGCGUAAUUGAUUAAAUGGAAAAUACCAAGUGCUGUCAGCUGACAAAAUAGUGCGAGUGUGCGACCAACAAAAAAAAACAACACUGAAACGAAAAGAAAGGACGUCCAAGAAGGAGCAGCGGUUUAGUGUGGCGUUAGACUAUGAUGAGAUGCAACCUUUUGUUGCUCUUUCUACUUUUAGAAAAUGUAACAUUUUGUUUUGCUACAUAAAACGCAUCUGAUUAUCGCGUAAACCACUGGGACUGUAUUCAUGUAUGUUGUUUCGAGAGACCGUUACUUUCCAUCAAAUAAACUGUGAAAUAACGAUUUACUAAAUCAAGAAGCCACACAAAACGACUUGCCAAGUACUUACGAACCAUGAUUAAAUUCCAUAAUUCGGACCUAUGGAUUGCUUGGCUGGUUUUAUUUUGCAUGGAAGGUUCAAGAUUUGAUCUGCACACAGGAACAGUGAGCGUGAGGGCGUUGGAUGUCACAGUGACCCAGAGCAGCAUCCAGGUAGCCCGCGGCCAGGCGGCCAUCUUGCCCUGCUCCUUCUCCACCAGCGCUGCUCUCAACAACCUCAACAUUAUCUGGAUGGUCAUCCCGCUGUCCAAUGCCAACCAGCCCGAACAGGUGAUCAUCUACCAAGGUGGCCAAGUGUUCAGUCUAGCCAACCACUUAAAUGGCCGGGUGGGUUUUGUGGCCACCAUGCCCAGCACAAGUGCCUCUAUCUUCAUCAACAACACCCAGCUGUCAGACACGGGGACCUACCAGUGCCUGGUCAACAACCUCCCCGACAGAGGGGGGCGUAACAUCGGGGUCAUUGGCCUCACCGUGCUGGUGCCCCCCUCGGUGCCCGCAUGCCGUAUCCAGGGCACACUGGAUGUGGGCGCUGACAUCAUGCUGAUGUGCAGCAGCGAGGAGGGGAUUCCCACGCCCACCUACGCCUGGGAGAAGCUGGAGUCACUGCCCAAGCUGCCCCACACCGCCAUGCAAGACCAGAUGCAAGGGACCGUAACACUGAGGAACAUCAGUACCAGUACUUCUGGUCUGUACCAGUGUACAGCCUCCAACGCCAUCGCCAAGAGCACCUGUCUACUCAGCCUGCAGGUUGUGGCACCCCAGCCCCAGAGUGUGGGUCUCAUAGCUGGCACCAUUGCCACGGGCGUGCUGGCUGUCAUCAUCUGCUCCCUACUGGUGCUGGUGACACUUUUCUACUGGAAGAACAAGAACAAAUAUGAGGAGGAGGAGAUACCCAACGAGAUCAGAGAGGACGACCUGCCCCCUAAGAGGUCGUCGUCAGUAAAAGCGUUUCACGCCGAUGCCUCAUCCUCGGAGAACGACACCCUGACGUCCACCAACACCUACAACAGCCGCUAUUGGCACAACCCCAAGCCCAACUACGACACCAACUCCUACACCCGCUACAAUGGCGACACACGCCAGACGUUCCCUACGGGGCAGGCGGGUCACACAGGUCAAACGGGGGGACAUGCAGCUCACACAGGACACGGGACACUGGCGCCGCCGGGCUCCGCCCCCCUGGCAUGUCAGGCCUACUCCAAUGGUAGCCACACCCUCCCCCCGCCCAAGACUCUGGUGGUCACCACCAACUCCGCCCCCUCCCCGCCCACCAUGGUGCGCAGCAAUGGCUCGGUCAGCCUGAAGCCCGUGACGGUGGCAUCGCACGGCGGGUACACGCACUCGUACGCCGUUAGCCAGGCCACGCUGGAGCGCAUGGGCGCCGUGCCCGUCUUGGUACCAGCCCAGAGCAGAGCAGGCUCUCUGGUCUAAAGUAAACUGUUACUGGGUUGAACCAGCCUGCCUCCCCACUUCGUCUCUGUUUCUCUCUCUCUCUGUUUCUCCCUUUUUUACUCAUAAACAGGAUUUUACAUUACCGACUUCAUCUAAUGCCAACGUCUCCAAGUACAGGAUCCCGUUUGAAAGCAGCACCAGGUGUUCUAUUCCUAUUGGUUGGUUUUGUAUCUCUUCUUGGGUAUGGUUUUCUCUCACUGGUUCCUUGCAUUAAAUGGCUGUAAUCAGUGGGAUUAUCGUACAAAAGUCACACAUAAUCAUCUGACGUUUCAGGUGAUUGGGACUGUGGGUUUUGGACUCAGCACGACAGUGAGCAUUAACCGUUUAAUCUCUGUGUUUUAACCACAUCUAGACGCUCUGAACCCUGCAAGUCCCAUAAAGAAGCAUCCAAACGUGCAUGUACUGUAUAUUCCAUUGAAAACGAACAACCAGAUUCUUGCUAUUAUUUCAUAUCCCUCAGCUAUUGCGGUGAUAAUAAUUGUUUUGUAUCUUUUAAAAAAUUAAAGAGAUGUUCUUUGAUUCACUGCAGUGGUCUUACAUGAACAGAUCCAUAGUGGUGGAAAUGGCCUUAGAAGAGCAGAAAGUUACGGAAGGGAUUUCUGGUGAAGUACCAAAUGGCAAAGACAACAGAAUGGCACAACACAGUAGGCUGGUCCUGUGACUGGACAGGGGGUUUCUAAUUCUGUCCAUUAGCUCCGACUUCAACAUGUUCAUUCGUUUUUGCACGGUAACACACUUUCAUCAAAAACUCCUCUGAAGAAAUGCCAUUACAAACAGUACAGUCAAUAUAUUUAUAUGUCUUUAUUAUAGAACGGUCUUACUUAUCCAUCCCGUUACCUCUACAGUGUUACACAUGGGAGAGAUGGAGCCUCUCCAGCACAAACUGGUAAGGGUUCAGCAUUUACAUUGAUUAGGUCCAGUAUUGAUAACUGUGGUCUUACCUCAAGAUUCCAUUAUGUUAAAACACCUUUCCCUGAAACUUGAAUCUGCAGUUUGAGACGUAUUGACGGUGUUUAUGGAAGUACGCGCUAUUGUAAACAUGCUAUUGAUUUUGUUUUAACAAAAUCCAAUCUCACAUCAGUGCUGUUGGACAAGAAAAUAUGGGGGACAUCUUAUUUCAUACAUCCUUUCUAAGAAAAUGUAUAUUUAAAGGGGAUUUCCCUUGAGAAUGCUAACAAUUACUGUUUUGUACCUACUGGAAUUAUUGUAACUACUGGUAGGCUAGGUUGUGAAUUUAAGAAAAAUACUUUUAUUUCCAAUGGAUGCAUAUUUUACAACUCAUGUGUCUUAAUUUAAGAUGUCUAUUCAUUUCUGUUAACAGACACUAAACUGGGUUUUGUAGACUGUUGUAUUGCGUUAGUAAAGAAGGGAUGUCGUUUUUUUUUUACAACUAGGUGUCCUCUGUGCUACAAGUUCGGGCAGUGCAGUUCAUACAAAAUGACAAAGUAUCACAGAGACCCGUAUACUAAAAUGACUGUCUGCAUCUGUUGAUUGUAAUAAUGAUGUAACCCUAGUGUUAACAAAUACAUACUCUACCAAUUGUUUUCCAGGGCACUUGGAUUUUUUUCACAGCUCCAAAUUCCAACAUUAAAGUAAGUUACUUAAGUAUCCCCAAUGAUAGUUGAAAAUGAAAUGAAUACCACCUGUAAUGAAAAAUCUAGGUUUGUUCCAGCAGUGUUGUAAAGUGUUCCUAUUGAGGUAAGAAUCAGAACAUUUUGAGGGCCAUGUUUUUUAUACCUGAAACGAACUGCUGAUUUAGGUUUUUAUAUUCAUUUUACAAAAUGAUCUAUCCUGCUCUUUGCAUUUAAAGUCUUAUUAAUAUUCAACUUAAUCUUUCACUUGAAAGACAUUGUUUUGAUAUUGUGUGAUAUUACAUUUAAAAAAUUGUACUAUUCAUUUUAAACAAAAAAAAAAACACUUCACUCCUGACAAAAAAAAAGUCUCCUGUAUUUGGGGUCAGGAUCUUUCUCAUUCAGUCUCUACAUAUACUGUACCCAAUGAUAGCUGUGGUCUCUACAGUAUGAAUUUGGCCAAUCAAUGUGCUCAAGUUAAGUGUUAUUGAAGUUCAUUGAAAUAUGCUUCAGUGAGAAUCCAUUACACGUAUUCAAUUAAACCUCAAGUAAAGCAA